CUCCCCCUCCCCCCCACACUGCCGGGAAGUUCCUCCCUAAAUCAGGCUUAGGGUUUCAGAGAAUAGCCAGAAGGCUCCUAGACCUGGCCAGCAGUGGCCAUCCACAUACCAGAGGACACUAAAGCACUAGGCCGGCCGCAGCCAUACUCCCUGGCUUCUCCGAGGACCACCAUGGCUCCAAAGCGCAAGUCCACGGCACAGCCAGGGGGCCCUGGGAAUAAGAAGGGGCGGCAGGAGGAGCAGGAGGACAGCUGCCGCUCCGCUGUGGAGGCGCUCAGGGCUGCUCCGGCUGAGAAGCGCAUGGUCCGAGUGGACCCCGUGUGCCCGCUCAGCAGCAGCCCCGGAACCCAGGUGCACGAGGACUACGACUGUACCUUGAACCAGACCAACAUCGGGAACAACAACAACAAAUUCUACAUCAUCCAGCUGCUGCAAGAGGGCAACCGUUUCGCCUGCUGGAACCGCUGGGGCCGCGUGGGAGAGGUGGGCCAGUCAAAGCUCAGCCACUUUGACUUACUGGAGGAUGCAAAGAAGGACUUUGAGAAGAAAUUUCGGGACAAGACGAAGAACAGCUGGGCCGAACGGGACCACUUUGUGGCCCACCCUGGCAAGUACACGCUGAUCGAAGUGCAGGCCGAGGAGGAGACCCAGGAAGCUGUGCUGAAGGUGGACGGAGUUCCCGCCCGUACCGGGCUUCAGCGGUUCCAGCCCUGCUCCUUGGAUGCAGCCACACAGAAGCUCAUUGACAACAUCUUCAACAAGGACAUGUUCAACAACUCCAUGGCACUCAUGAACCUGGAUGUGAAGAAGAUGCCCUUGGGGAAACUGAGCAAGCAGCAGAUUGCCCGGGGCUUUGAGGCCCUGGAGGCCCUCGAGGAGGCCCUGAAAGGCUCCGGGGCCAGAGGCCCCAGCCUGGAGGAGCUGUCUUCCCACUUCUACACUGUCAUCCCCCACAACUUCGGCCGCAACCGGCCCCCAACCAUCAACUCCCCGGAGCUUCUGCAGGCCAAGAAGGACAUGCUGCUGGUGCUGGCGGAUAUCGAGCUGGCCCAGACCCUGCAGGCAACCUCCGAAGAGGAGGAGAAGGUAGAGGAGGUGCCGCAUCCACUGGACCGAAAUUACCAGCUCCUCAAGUGCAAGCUGGAGCUGCUGGACUCCAAGGCCCAGGAGUACAAGGUGAUACACACCUAUUUGGAACGUACUGGCAGCAACCACAGGUGCCCCUCGCUCCAGCAUGUCUGGAAGGUGAACCGAGAAGGAGAGGGGGACAGGUUCCAGGCUCACUCCGAGCUGGGGAACCGGAAGCUUCUGUGGCAUGGCACCAACGUGGCUGUGGUGGCCGCUAUCCUCACCAGCGGACUUCGCAUCAUGCCCCAUUCUGGGGGCCGCGUGGGCAGGGGCAUCUACUUUGCCUCGGAGAACAGCAAGUCUGCUGGCUAUGUUACUGGCAUGCCCUGCGGGUCCCACUCCAUCGGCUACAUGUUCCUGGGGGAAGUGGCUCUGGGCCGAGAGCACCACAUCACCGUGGAUGAGCCCAACCUGACGGAGCCGCCAUCUGGCUUCGACAGUGUCAUCGCCCGAGGCCACACGGAACCUGAUCCAACCCAGGACACCGUGCUGGAGCUGGAUGGCCAGAAAGUGGCAGUGCCGCAGGGCCCGCCCAAGCCCUGCCCGCAGUUCAAGGGCUCCAGCUUCUCCCAGAGCGAGUACCUCAUCUACCAGGAGAGCCAGUGCCGCCUGCGCUACCUGCUGGAGAUUCGUCUCUGAGCUGGAGGUCGCCUCCCCGAGUGACCGGGAUCAUGCCUGGCGGUGCUCAGGGGACUGUCCUUAACCUUUAACCUUCAUACUAUGUUUCUGGCCCCUCAUUGGUCUCCUUUCCCUGCCCGGGCUCCCUCCUUGCCUUCCAUCUUCCUGUCCCCCACCACCCUUCCUUCCCACAUCUCCCUUUUGUGUCCCAUCCACUGACUUUGUCCCAUCUUUGUUAGCCCUGACAAAGCCGAGGCCACAGAGCUGAUGGGCCUCCCUGGUGAUGGUUGGGGUGGGGCAGGGGCAGUCCCAGGUCACCGAAGGCAGACUCGGACGAGGCUGUGUGAUGAGAGGCACAGGCUGAAAGGAGCUGGACUCCAUCUCCACUUGGGCCGUCCACCCUGGCCCACACUGUCCACCCGAUAUCUCCAAGCAAGUGAACUUCAGACAUGUAUAGAUAAGUUUAUUAAAUAUUGUGUUUGCUCACCACACAGCCUUUGCUUGUCUGUGUGCCACUGGCCCGGCCAGUGCAGGUGCCAGGAGUACAUGCUAUUGGGGCAGAAGCCAGAGUCCCAAGCUGUGCCCGGUGUAGCUCUCCAGGCAACACUCCCCACGAGCUUCCACCACACCCCAUGGAGCAGCGCACAGGUUGCUGAUGUGGGUCAAAUACACACACACACA